UAUAUAUUCUGUAAAAUUUUUGACAUUGACUCUAUUGUCUAUAUACAAAUGUAACAUCAACUGUGUGUAUUGUUUAAGGAAUGAAAGAAUAAUCACAGAAACUACAAUAGAAAAUAGUUUUAUAUUCUAUAAAACGUGAUUUGCUAUUACUAACAAGAAAGAGUUAUGGUUGAAAAUAAUGUCCAAUCUAAGCAGCCUUUUUUCAUGCAGAAUAUAAUGGUUGAUUGGGGAAGAUUUCAAGGGCUUGAAAAUUUUCAAUAUCCAAAUUUUCAAGUCCCCAACUUCCAGGGUGCCAACAUUCAAGGUCCCAGUUUUCAAGGCCCUAAUAUCCAAGGUCCAAGCUUCCAAGAUCCUAACUUGCAAGUUCCCAACUCUCAAGGCCCAGGACCUGAUCAUAAUUUACAGCCUAACAAUUUUAGGUAUCCACAGUUCAACAAUGCAUUUGGGAGUUACAGCGGUGGCUAUGGAGCAUUAGGUCAAUUUAAUCCAAAUUUUCCUAUACAACCUCAAUUUUUCGGCCCGCCUAGGUUCCCAGGUCCUCCGAGACCACCACAGCCACCACCACCAAUAAGGGAUGAACAAUAUUCAUUCCAACCCAGGUUUUGCCCUGACUUUCCAUAUGUGAAAAAGAACCCAAUUGAUGACAAAACAAUGAAAUCAUUAUUACAUUGUGGCCUGACCAAGGACACCAUCAGAACCUUGCCUCGAAGUUUACUUAAGCUCUAUCAAAGUGAUAACUGUGGUCUGUGCUCCCAGAACCUAGACACACUGGGUGUGGCACGUUUGCACUAUAUAAGCAAAAAUCAUCAGAAGAAGCAAAAAAAAUGGUUAACAUCAAGAUCGGAUGUAGGAUCACAUCGCAUUAAAGAGCAGCCGCUAAAGGCACGGGAAUUAUACUGUGAAUUAUGCGAUGUGCACAUAACGUCUAAAAUACACUCUGAAUCACAUUACUCUGGAAAGCCACAUAGAGCAAUUGUUGAUGGUCGCAAGGUCCCGAAGAAUCCAUUUUUAAUACAGAGAGGAAUGGAGGAGAGAUUGGAUUUAUUAAUACGUCGCGAAAAGAAAUUCCUCAAAGUAGAAGGAGAACAGGAAUCAAAAAAGAAAGAAGUCAAAAUUAUUCAGCCAGAGCUGUACUGUGAGAUUUGUGAGACGUCAGUGACAUGUAGUGAGCAGAUGGUAAUGCAUUUGAAUGGUAAACGUCAUCUGGGGAAAGAAAAGCAACAUAUACUCAAAGUGAUGAAAGGUGACAACCCUGAAACUGUCAAGGGAACCAGUAAUGACGUGCAAGGUGAAAAAGAAGACCAGUCACAACAGGGCGAGGAAGAUAAUGACGCUUCGGAAAACGAACAAGAAAAUUGGGAGGAUUUAUAAGAAGAAUACUUGUAUAAAGUGCUCGAAAUCAAAGCCAAGAACCAUUUUAUUAAAUAAAUAUAUGAUUAUUUUUAUUAAAUAAUGUUACUUAAUGUAAAUUAAUUUUAGUAAUAGACAAAACAAUGUAAUAAAAAUUUUGGUAAAAUUAA